AUGGAGCCACCCUGCAAGCAGCCACGCAUCAGUGCCCAGAGCACGCCCAAGGAUGUUUCGGAGUUGGUGACGCCCUGCUACAUCGGUUACAAGUCGGUGAUCCAGCGCAAUAGUGAGCGGAUGCUGCAGCGGGCUAAACAGCUGGGAUGUCAAUUGCGGCCGCACAUGAAGACCCACAAAACCAUCCAAGGUGGUGUGCUUGCGACGGACGGCACCAAGCGCUGCAUCACAGUGUCCACCUUGGCGGAAGCGGAGUUUUACGCCGAUGCCGGCUUCGAGGACAUUUGCUACGCCGUGCCCAUCACCGCGGAGAAGCUCCCGCGGGCUGCGCAGCUCCACGAGCGAUGUCUCUUCCACGUGUGUGUCGACCAUCCGCAGGCAGUGGAGGCUUUGUGCCAAUCGAAGGCCAACAAGCCUUGGUCCGUGUUUCUCAUGGUGGACUGUGGCUAUGGCCGAGACGGCGUCGACGUGAAGGACCCGACGAGUGUGCAACUGGCUCAGCGCUUGGCGUCGUCGAAGGGGACGCGACUGGCCGGGCUUUACACCCAUGGAGGCCACUCCUAUGAUGCUUCCCAGGGGAUCGAGGCGGUCCGCGCGGUGGCGCAGCAGGAGGCCGAGGCCGUCGCCGCCUUCGCACGGACGCUGCGGGGGAAGCCGUACUGCUUGGAGGUGCCCAUUGUGGGUGUGGGCUCGACGCCCACCUGCUCCAACCCUCCGAACCAGUUCCCGUCAGAAGUGACCGAGAUGCAUCCGGGGAAUUACAUCUACUAUGACACCAUGCAACAGGCGCUUGGCUCCUGCAGCGAGGAGGACAUUGCCGUGCGCGUGUUGACGCGCGUCAUCGGCGCCUAUGAGCGACGGAACCUGCUGCUGGUGGACAUGGGCUGGACGGCGUGCUCCAAGCAGGGUGAAGACCAGAACUUUGGACGGUUGGAGGGGCAUCCGGAGCUCAAGGUGGUGGGCCUGAAGCAGGAGGCCGGUUUGAUCUCCAGCAGAGAUGGUUCCCCGAUUGACUUCGCGCAGUUCCCGCUAGGAACACUCUUGCGGCUGGAGCCCUAUCAUUCCUGUGCCCACACAAAGCAACAUGACAAGAUCUACAUCUUGGACGAGGACCGCUGCACGGUGCUCCAUACCUGGCCGAUUUGCCGCCGCGGGUUCACGAGCGAGGCGGCGCGGCGCGGUGCGGCGCUGGUGGGCCAGGAGAACAAUGAUCGUUCUCCUCCACGGCGCUGGGUGUGGCUUUGGCCGGUGCUCUUGGCUGGGUUGGCCGUUCUCUGGAUGACCUCCAAGUUGCCCGCCCUGACGACUUCAUCCAACACGAGUUUGCUGAUGGAGUCGAACGACCUUCCAUCCACCUCCGAAACCACCACGGCCGUCACCCGAGAAAUGACCACCUUCUACAUGUACCGCGCCCAGAGCGACAAUGACUACGACUUCCAGAACGUGAAUGCUGCCAACUUGGCUGGAGUGAUGUGGUACCUGGAGCAUGAGGUGGUCUUUGCACAAUGCCCCAGGCACUACAACAUCACUCGGAUCUUGCGUUACAAGGUCAGCAUGAAGACACCGGAGAAGUUCAACCACAACUUCUCUCAGUUCUGGGCCUACGACAAGGGGAUGUGCACCAGCCCAGCAUGUGGCGGGGACUAUGCCCAGCAUGGCUUCAACGUGGGCUGCCAGUACGAAGUUGUGUCUGUCUAUCCUGGCGCAGUUUGGUAUUCUCUGCCUGGGGAGUGCCCUACCACACCUUUGGUGGCCAAGGGUAAGCAUUGCAAGCAUUUGAUGCCAGGAGGGAGGUGUGACAGGCCCACUGGGGAGAAGAACUGCACCUGGUCGGCUCAGAAGGCUGGUGCCAUUGAGAUUAGCGAGCUGGAAGGGAUCUACAAUUGGACCGACUUCUGCAAGCAGCACGGCAAUGAAUACAUCCUGCCCUUCUGGGACGGUCGAGGGGAUGCUGUGCACAUGAAGAAAAGGCUCCGGAAGGUCCUGGAGCUUUUUCACUCGAAGUAUCCGGACGAGCCGGUGGACCUCGAGGACCGGGAAGGGGGGGGGGACGUACGACCCAAGACGAUGACGCCUUAUAACACGUUCCCAGAGGCGGAUGAUGAGAAGGCCAUCCUUCCUUUGGCACCGGGCAAGCAGAGACGGAUGAAUCUCAAUGCCCUGGCGAUCGCCGUGAACUUGCUUCUGCCGUGGUGCGUCUUCUGCUUCGUUUGCUGUACCUUGUCCUUCUCGUGGCACUAUCAGGCGCCGAUGCUGGCCUGGUCAACGGUGUUGCUGGGCUUGAUGCUGGCAGCCUUCACUGCAAAGCUGGCUGCCUGCUCCGAGGAGACAGAUCCCAAGUGGUACGCCUUCUUCAGCUUCGCAAUCGCGGCAGCCGUCUUGGCAGCUGCGGCUUGUGGAGAGUUUAACUACAGGACCUACAACGUCGCGGCAUAUGACCUGAAGAACAUGAACGCCUAUCCAGAUGUGAAUCCUGCCACGAAGGGACAACAGCUGAUGGAUGCCGGCCGUUUGUAUUUUGUGGACGGCUCUGCCUUGGAUCUCAAGAAAGCCAUGAGCUUUAAGAACGACGACACCUACUGCGUGGCACCCAUCAUCCUGGGCAAGGACCAGAUGGCAUCUUACGACUUCUGGGCUGUAGGCGUGAACUGCUGCCCGGGCCAGUCGCCGGACUUCCGCUGCGGCGAGUACAACAACGCCCACGCCCGGGCAGGACUUCGCUUGAUGAGCGACGUCGAGCGACCCUUCUACCGCUUGGCCGUGCAGCAGGCGGAGGCGGCUUACAACAUCAGGACGGAGCAUCCCAUGUUCUUCCACUGGGUGCAGGAUCCAGUGGCACUCACCAACGAGUGGAUCAGUGAUGGACACAGGCAGUGGAUCAGUCGCGGCCUUCGGCCGCUCUCGGUGCUCUUGGGUCGAAGCAGAUCGGCUCGCAAGAUGAAGUAGAAACCAUACCAAGACAUACCAAGACAACAUAUUGACAUAUAUUGACAUAAAAAGAGAAGAAGAUGAGUCACAUGAGGAUCGUGUUUCACACAAACACGUCCUAUGAACAGCACUCUUGGUCCCGCCACUUGGUAGGACGACAGCAGUCUCGGGUGACCGAGCAACGCAGUUACUGCUUCACUUUCCGGCGAUCGACAAGACAUCGAAUCGUAUUCAUCCAAGAGGCUCGGAGCCUCAAACUGCGUAUUGAUUUGAGGUCCAAGACCCUAGUUGUGAGGAUCAAAACCCUAGCUUUUCGGGUCCAUUGAGCCUCGGGUUCCCUGUGCCGCCUUUAUAGAUACUCCAUUGAUCCGUUGAUACAUCCCCAAAUGGAUCGGGUAGCGUGGGUAGCAUCUGCACGCAUCAUGUGGUUAUGAUUGUCCUCAAAACAUCACCCUUUUGUUUCGUAGAAAAGGGAACACCCAUUGGUUAUAGGAGAACUCUAAACAAGACCCACUGGGUUUUGUUGAAAGUGCCCAAGACUUCGCAAAGAUCAUGCAAAGGCCCAGCUACCAUGUGGUUUUCAAUGUUGUUUUGCCACUGGGCCACGUUGCUGGACGCCCACCGUGUGUUGUUUGGUUCAGGUUUGUCUUCAAGAGCAUGGGAGUGUUCUUCGUCUUCAACUUCUUCUGUGUCUCCUGUGCCAUCAUCGUUUUCUCCAAGUUCAGUGGCUGAUCCGCCGCCCGCGGAGCAGCGGCGCCCGGUCGUGCGCGCGCGGGUGGCGCCGUGAGUUCGGGUUCGGUCCAACAGCGAGAAACGGAGCGAAGGACUGGUCCCGCGCGGCCGGCUGGGGAAGCCGAUGGGUCCGCGAUGCCAGGAAGUGCCUGAUGUCGUAUCAGUGAGGUGCUGGUUUAUGGGCACAUGAAUGUUUCAUGAAACCAGCUGGCGCAAGCGUGCACUCGACUGUGGCGGCAUGAGAUUCUGACUUCCGGAAGAGUUGUCUUGAUUGGCAGGAUGCUUGCUUUUGUUGCCCCACAUCAUCCUCUGACACCCACACAAAAAGGGAAUGAUGAACAUGUAGCAAGGGUGUUGAUCUACGGACAAAAACGGUCAUUUGUCAUGGAUAAAAGAUGAAAGGAAGCGAAAGGAAGGUGCAUAGCUGUUCUGGUCGCCCCCCCGGUUUCGAGACGAAGCUUGCUCAAACAAGCACAUAGCUGUAGGCCC